AUGAAAGUUACGAUAGCGGAAUUGGUUGUUUUGUUAUUUUCUGUAAUUUGUAUUGAUGGGAAGGAGGACAAUGGGUGUACGUUGAUAACAGAUUAUCACGGUGAUGCACCUUUAAGUGAGUCCGUAUGUUAUCUCAGUUGUCUUUCGAAUGCAUUAAAUAAAUUGUACAGCGAGGGAGAGAGGAGGCUGUUUGUGAAUGAGGAAGUGUAUGCAAAUGCAUUUCGUAUAUUGGAUGAUAUGGAAGGAAGAGCAGGUGAAAGUGUUAGAUAUUUGAGUAUUAUUAGUGUUGCGAUGGUAAAGGAAAAUAAUAGGUUGGAAAAGCUUAUAUCUCAUGGAAAUGCAAUGGGAGACCUUGUAGCUAAGGCUGGUGGAUUAUUUGCUGAGGUUAAUGAAAGUGUGAGGGCAGUGAGGAAAGAAAUACCUGGUGCCCUUAUAAAAGUGAAUAAAUAUUAUACGGCUAUUGCUGAGAUCACAAGGACUGUGUGGGAUGAUGUUAAAGCUGUGGAAAGUGGAAAGCACGAAUGUAAAGAUCAAGAGUUUAGAGGUGUUAAAGAGUUUGACGUUACAUGUGGAGAUAACGCAUGUCUGCUGGCACAUGGUGUGAGUGAGGGCGCCCUCAAACAUUAUAAGAAUGGGCUUCUUGAAAUAAACGUGAUGACAAAGUCCGGUGGGGUGAGCAAAUGCCUCAACUUACCACGCAAUAACCUGUAUAAGAGUGGUGCGGUAAACAAUUCAAACAAAGUACUGGAUUGGCGUGAUGAUGCUGACACUGUCACUCACUUUCUACUCAAACUGAAAAUACGGGACAUCUUUAGCACCCUCAUCGCACCUUUUGCUGCUGGACAACCACCUUCUGCACUCUUGGACAUGAUGGCCAAUAUCACUUCACUUUACUCCCGUUUCAAUGAAGUCCACAGGAGUUUCACUUCGUUGCUGUUCGACACGAAUAGCAUUGAUAAUGUGAAAAGCACUAAUUCUACCAUCUGA